AAAAACGACUACUUUUGAUUUAACCCUGGUCCGCUGCAAAGAUGACCACAGCCGUGCUGUCGCCGCCUUUCUUCGACUUCGAAAUAAUGAACAAGAACAACAAACUGCUCAGCUACAACAACAACCUGGGCGCCCCCCAUCCCAUGUCUGUCCCUUGCACUGGCACUAAUGUGCCCAUCUCCAGCCCCGCCGGAGCCCUGCUGGACAGGAAGGCGGUGGGAUCUCCCCCGUUGGGAGGCGUGUACCAGCGGCGGCACUCCGUCAGCAGCACAAAGUUCAGCCAGAACCAGUUUCUGAACAGCCUGAAGGCGACGGACCACUCCUCGCUCAUCUCAGGGCUUGGCAAUGCCGGCAGCAGCAGCAACAACAACAAGGAGAACCGCAUGCGAGACCGCUCCUUCUCCGAGACGGGCGAGAGGCUCCUCAACAAGUGCCUGGGCCCCGCCAGCCCCACCGGCGGCAGCCAGGUGAACUCCAGCCGCUACAAGACGGAGCUUUGCAGGCCCUUUGAGGAGAACGGCUCCUGCAAGUAUGGCGACAAGUGCCAGUUUGCUCACGGAAUCCAUGAACUACGCAGCCUGAGCCGCCACCCCAAAUACAAAACCGAGCUGUGCCGCACCUUCCACACCAUCGGGUUCUGCCCGUACGGGCCUCGCUGCCAUUUCAUCCACAACGCCGAGGAACGCCGCGGACCUCCCCAGCAGUGCUCCCCUCUUAACUCCUGCAACAAGAUGGACAGGCCUCGCCUGCAGCACAGCUACAGCUUCGCGGGCUUCUCCAGCUCAGCCGGGCUGAGAGACAGCCCCACCUCUGUCACCCCUCCGCCCAUGUUCUUCCCCGAUGAGGUCCCAGACUGGCCCAGCUGUAACCCCUUCACCUACUCCAGCCAGGAGCUGGCCAACCUGUUCGGCCCCAGCCUCGGUGCCGGUCCUGUGGGCACAGAGCCCAACGCCCCUGCACCUCCCUCUCCGACGAGCACACCUUACUAUUUCAGACCCAUGUUGGUGUCCCCCCAGAUGUUCGAGUCUCCAUCCAGCCCUCCCGACUCUCUGUCAGACCAAGAUGGCUACCAGAGCAGCUCCGGAGGCAGCCUGAGCGGCUCCGAGUCCCCCACGCUGGAUACAACCCGCCGCCUUCCCAUCUUCAGCCGCCUCUCCAUCUCUGAUGAUUAGACUGCAAGCAUCCACCAGUGACUUUAAAGUUCGAUGACACAAAGAGAACGCGGCACUCCCCUCUACCUCUGCACCCUUGUCCCGAGCCCCCCCCCCCCCCCCCCCCCCCCACAAACAACACCGUGUUAGCUCCUUGUUAGCAUUGCAAGGAUGUAGUCAGUUAAGGGAACGCUCUCUCUCUCUCUGUGUCUGUCUCUCUCUCUCCUCAUUCCAUCUCUGUUAAGUUUUAAAAAGUACCCUGCCAUGUGUCAUAGUGCCAAAAAAAGGAGGAAAUUGAACAAUGAAAAUCAUGAGAACAAGAAUUGACUGUUUUGCCAGGUGCCACUUUUUUCUUUUCUUUUUUUUUUUUUUCUUCAUUUGUUCUUGAAUGUGUGGCAGCACAAGUGGCCUUGGAAAGGGGAGUGCUUUGCACUAGCCCCCCCCCAACCCCCUCUCUCCUCCCGCCCUCUUCCCAGAAGAUACCACUUCCCCUGAGUUAGCUAGAGGGUGCUCACUAACGUAACUGUAGAUCUACCGCAGCCGUUUUUUACAGACUGAGUUAAGACAAAAGAAAAGGAAAAAAAUAGACCCUGAAAAGAUAUGAAUAGUUUUUAAAAAUAAAAAAAAGUGCCUGGGCCGGUUUCUGCAUGCGUUUAGGGUGACUGGACUACUGUUUUUUGGUUCUUUCUCAUUACCCCCCCCCCCCCUCCUCCUCUGUCACAGUUGUUCUAAAGCCCCGUCCGUCUUAUAUAAUUGUGGACUGGGUGAGUCUGCAGGAAGGACUUUGAACUGGAAGUUGGUUAUGUCCCCCCCCCUCUCUCCCUCCUCCUGUUGCUGGUCACUGGCUCUUUAUUGGGAAGGAAGUCUUGCUAUCAAACUGAUCAUUAAACCUGUAAGACUUUGUCCCGCCUCCCCACCCUGCCUCUUCCUGCCUUCAUCCUCGCCAGUCUGGGGAAUUCCAGCAUUCCCAUGGUGCAGUUGUACAUCCUGCGAUCAGAUUUCCAAGCUAUUUGACUUUACUUCUUCCCUACUUUAGUACCUGCUCUGAGGAGCUCUGUACUCAUUACAUCUUUUUUUUUUUUUUUUUUUUUUUUUUUUUUUU